AUGGCUGCUGUGCAGGGCAGACAGCAGCACAUACUGCUGCUCUGGCUUUUGCUGGCUGCCCGCAUCUGUUUGCUUUGCUGCAAGAGCAUAAAAUUCUGCAAGUCCUACAAAGGGCAGUUUUGCUGGGGAUUAUUCGUGCUCUUGAUUCUGGGCAACUUCUGGUUCCUUGGUGUGCUGUACCUGCUGUGGCUGUACCUCGACUGGGGAACGCCAUGCGCUGGGGGCAGGCGGUCACAGUGGGUCAGGAACUGGACUGUUUGGAAUUACUUCAGGGAAUACUUCCCCAUUCAGCUAAUAAAAACUUCAGAUUUGGAUCCAAAGCACAACUACUUACUUGGCUUUCACCCUCAUGGGGUGCUGGUAGCUGGAGCCUUUGGAAACUUUUGCACUGGUUCAAAUUUCAAAAAUUUAUUUCCCGGACUUACUCCAUAUCUUCAUAUUAUGCCCAUCUGGUUUGGCUGUCCCUUCUUCAGAGAAUAUGUAAUGAGUGCUGGAAUGGUUUCUGCCUCCAAGGAGAGCGUCUCAUACGUGCUGAAUAACGCGGGAGGCGGCCAUGCAUCCGUCAUUGUGAUUGGAGGAGCAGAGGAAUCUCUGAAUGCACAUCCUGGGAGUUUGACUUUGAACAUUCUCAAGAGGAAGGGCUUCAUUAAAAUGGCCUUGAAACAUGGAGCUCAUUUGGUCCCAGUGUUUUCCUUUGGUGAAAAUGAGCUCUACAAGCAAGUCGCAAACCCCAGAGGUUCAUGGCUCAGAACUGUACAGGAGAAGCUGCAAAAGAUAAUGGGCUUUGCUCUACCACUGUUUCAUGCCCGAGGAAUAUUUCAGUACAGUUUUGGCUUAAUACCUUUCAGGCAACCGAUUCAUACUGUUGUGGGAAGCCCCAUCCUUGUAAAAAGGAACCCGAAUCCCACCAAUGAAGAGGUUGAACAGCUACAUGCGCUGUAUCUGCAGGAACUCAGAAAAUUAUUUGAAGAACACAAAGGAAAAUAUGGAAUCCCUGAGCACAAAACUCUUAUCUUUGAGUAGUAAAUUACAAUUUAUAAUUCCAAAUCUCAUGGAAGUAAAAAAAAAUAAUAUAUAUAUAUAUAUAUAUAUGUGCUGAAAGAGGUUUUUCUUGCAAUCUGUAUUUUGCAAUCUGUAAUUAGUCUUGUGUAAGGAACAAUUUUAAGAAGGGAUUAAAUAGUUUAUUGAUCUUUAUCUUAUGGAAAGAAAAAACACAACCAACCAUCCUUAAGGUGUGAGCCUUGAAGCAAGUGCUGUUUCAAGUUGCCAUUUGGGGUUCAUCAGUACUAACAAUGCCAGUGAGAGACUCAACACUGAUGUUCUUACUACCAAGAAUUUUACCAUAACUUGAGCAGAGGACUUUGUCCCAGCAUGACAUCAAGGAAAAGUUAAAUAGCCCGGAGGUCUGUCGUUGGAAGCUGGGAGUCCUACCAACACGUGUCAAAUAUGACAGCAAGUUUUCCUCUGAACAUCAAGAGUCUGCUCCAUGAAAGAAGUUGUAUGUUUUCAGUAGAUGGCUACUACAAGCCAUUUACAUGUGAAUUCAUGAAUAACUAAGUUUUCUGCCUUGAAUAGGACAGUCAGCAAAAGUGGUUUGUCCAACUGAUGGAGCAGGCCAAACUCUGCUGGAAGGAAGGACAGUGUGUUGAGUUAUUCUGUGUGCAUGUAUGUUCUGGGUGGUGGGAAGCACUGAAUAAUGCGGCCUUUUUAGACAAGCUGUACUUUGGAUCAUCGGUUUGUAAGAUGAAGCAGCUUUGUUCACUAGUUCUAAUCUCACAGGAGAUGGCAGGACAGGAGACAAUACAAUGAAACUAGCGUGGGAAUCGUGGAAUUUCACAUCUUGUGCAAAUCAGAGGUUGUAUGCCAAGCACUGCCACAGAAGGAAGGAAAAGUGGCAUUUGUUGAAGUCUAAUUCUGACACUUCACCAAGAAAAGUGUGCUUGACUUAUGCCUCUUUCUUCCCCACAGAUAGAUGUGGGGAGGCAUGUGGGGAGCUGUGUCCGUGUGACAGAGCUGUAAUUGCCCCAGGGCAGUGGGAGCAUGGCUCUGAGGUGCGGUGGGUUGAGAGGAUGCUUUGUGUACAAACAGCUGCCUAGAUUUGAGAGGUUUCUCUGUUGUGUCCGCAAUCCAUCACUAUGUACUUCAGCUUUCUUGGUGCCAUGUGCUCUUGCAUGCAUCUGCGCAACCCUUUUGCUGCCUGAUGAUCGCUGUGGUGUAGGCAUGUAACUUCCUCCUGCUCUGUCCAUCUUUCCCCAGGUUAAGAUCUCUGAAUGACUAUGUGCAUACAAAACAAUGGGUAUGGACUUAUCGUUCCACAGAAAUGGAGUUUACAAGCAGGGUUGGAGAAAAGGAAGCACUAUGAGUGUGAAUGUUUAACAUGAGCUUAAGCUCAGGUUUGUUUUAGCUCUUGGAAGGGCAUGUGUCUAGGGAAAUCAAACACAGCAGGUUUGAUAGCUGGGAAGAAGCCUCUAGCAUCCUGAAGGCUGUAGCAAGCAAUGAGCACUGCGUAGUCGCUGACCUAUUUUUGCAUACCAGCUACGUGAAAUUUCCUUCAGAUUUGUUUUUUUGCUGCCUGCCCUGAUGAGGAGUGCUGGCGUAGUCAUGCAGGAAGAAUUUGGAGUCUGUGUCAGACUGUCCUCUCCUAGAUCAUCUGCUCUAAUAAGACAUUUCCUCUCAUUUUCAGCCUGCUCUUCUCCUAGUACCUAAUCAUAUAGAAGCUCAGGAUGUAAAUUUGGAAGCAUAAGCACUCUGUUGAGGAUGGGAAAUGUUUAGAUUGUUAUCAAUCAAAUCAUAAGGAAUAGUCAGAGGUGACCAGCACUCAGCCAGUGAAUUUCUGCUAGGGAAUAUAAAGACCCUGGUUUUGGAGCAAUAUCUGGAACGGAGGGCACCCUGCAAACAGUCUGAAUUCUAUGAGGAAAAGACUUGUGGUCUCUGAAUACUGCUGAUAACAAGCAUAGUUAGAACAAGUAGGGGCUGUGUUACUGUGACUUCUCGUGUUUUCUUUGCCUUAUAACACAGGAAGAUUGAAGGAAAAAGUAAAAUAGUCUUCAAACCAAUACAGAUUGUGACUUGACAAAAGCUGCAUAUUGCCUACGAUGGUCUUUACGAACCUUGAUAUGAAGACUUACGUGGUGCUCAAACUUUUGGUGGCAUGUCCACACAUACCUGGACCUGCAUUGUGAUGUUUCUCUUUGUGCCUGUAAUGAGACAGGUAGUCCCAGGGCAGCUGGUCAUCUAUUGCAGAGACGGAUGCUCUGUGUUUAUACCGUGCAAUAGUGCCUCUCCAGUGUUCUCCAGCCAGCAGUGCCUGCCUGUUGCUUUGUGAGUGAAUGUCUCUUCCAAAUUCCAUUUAAGAAAGCCUUUACAUAUCAGUCCUUAAGAAUUUUUAUUCUGUAAACUACGGAAGGUAUUCUACACUUUGUAGCUUUUUAUGGCACCAGAAGAAUAUGACCACCAGUUGUUUCAGUGAUAGAUGUGGCAAGGUGGUGUGAGAUAAUAAAGGUUUGUACCAAAGA